UCCAACUGCGCAUGCGUGUUGUCGCGUGGUGGCUGCGCCGGGUCUGGGAAGUUGUGGGAACAUGAACGUAGUAAAAGUUGUGAUGGCAGACACGGGCUGUUAACCGAGGCCGAUCCGAGUCAGCAGCUCUGAGCGAGAGACCGAGUCCCGCAGAGGCAGAGCCAUGACAGCUAACGAGGAUCAGGAGAUGGAGCUGGAGGCUCUUCGCUCUAUCUACGAGGGGGAUGAGAGCUUCAAGGAAAUCAGUCCGGUGUCCUUUCAGUUUCGGAUAGGAGACCUUGACGACACCAAAGCAUUCAUCCUGGACAUCUCAUGGCCGGAGACGUACCCAGAAACAACCCCACAAAUCUCCCUCGAUGCCUUUUUCAACAACAGGAUCUCUGCAGAGACGAAGCAGCAGAUCCUGUCGAAGCUGGAGGAGCAGGUAGAGGCGAACCUGGGGACUGCCAUGAUGUACACCCUGUUUGAUUGGGCCAAGGAAAACCAGGAGGCCCUCAUGGAGAACCAUAAACCUGUAGUGACCGCUGUUACGAUGCCCAGCAGUGACAUCAUGACCACCAGCUCAACAGCCAAGAAGAGGGAGAAGAAAGAGCAGCUGACGAAAGCUCAGAAGAGAAGAAUCAUCAGCAAAACAGAUCACAAGGGAGAACUGCCAAGAGGCUGGAACUGGGUAGACGUUAUCAAACAUUUGAGUAAAACGGGAGGAAAAGAUGACGACUAAGCGCCAGCGCAGUGAUCCGGUGCCGCUUCACGCGAGAAGCUGCGGUGACGUUAGCAGUGAAAUCACUGCUGCUGUCCAGAAGCCUUCACAUCCAACCUCACCAACAUUCACAAUGGCUGCCGUCCUGACUACCAAAGCAGGCUGGGUCAGGUGGACACACACACACACACACACACACACUUAUUCAGCUAAACUGAGUCUUUGAGGUUGGAUUCAUCAGAAGCCCUCGCCCUCGUGUUUUCUGUGUUUCCGGAGUUUGUGCGACGCAGCGACGUGAAGAGGAGCGCACCGGGUUCUGUUCAUUUAGCCUCCAGAUGUCCUGCUCCAUCAUCCUUUAGGGUGGAGUGUGCUUGAGAUACUUGCUGUCACUGCCAUGUUUUCAUUCGGCGAGGUUAGGCCCGGCUUGUCAGGCACUGAGCUGUAAGUGUUGGAUUGUGGUUUGGAGUGGACGUGUCAAAGUGUUACGUAGCAUCCUGCUGUUCAUCUGAGGUAUCACGCGACUUUGUGAAAGCAGAGAGAUUUUUAAGAACUCACAACAUGUUACUCCUGUCACCAUUUCUUAUUUUGAUAAAUGUUUAAUUUCCCCUAUGAAUUGAAAACCUUAAAUGUUUUAUGAAUUAAUAAAAUUACCUUUGGUCUGCUGCUUGUCUAACAA